AUGAGCUGGUGCAGGCUUAUGUUAACUUUGGUAAUCUGGACCAUACAGAUCAAAUUUACUUACCAAGUACCGUGUUGUUGCUUAUACGGACCUGUAAUAUCUUUGUUUUGUUCUCAUAAUCGCAGACAAUUUCAACCGUCCAACCAUUUCAAUUCGAUUAAAGAUCAUUUGUUUUCAUCGUCCAGUUUAAAAAAUGUUUCAUUGAACUUGAAGUCAAUUGAUACAAAUGAUUUUGUCGUUAGACGUGGAUUGAGAUUUGAUAUCAUACGCCCGAGUUAUUCGGGGGUAAUAAUUAAUAAAAUUAUAUACAGAGAUAAGGAGCUGCCUUUGUCUCCUACACCACUUUAUAGGGAAGUCUACAGAUUCAAACAAUGUUUAUUUUCUUAUCUCUACGUUAUGAGUUAUUAUGGCGAAGAGAAUACCUAUUUCCAGGUGUAUAGAAAAAUGAGGGGCACACGACUUAAAUAUUCGCUUUACGAUGAAGAUAAUUUACCCGAUGGGUUAUUACAGGGAGGGUCUAUUAUUAACAGGGUAUCCAACCUUGUGUAUGGAAAGGAUAUCCGCAUUAAUGUUUUUGGCGAUUUAAUCAAUAAAAAUAUAAGUCGUUUUGGCGAUAAAAAUAAAUUUUAUAUGGUAUCAUUAACACCAACCGCAGAAAGUAGCACUGCAGGUAUACUAUCUAAUUAUCGAGUGAGGGAAUUUCUUGACUUUGGUGGCUAUUUUACUAUGGAACUGCCUCGUGAUUAUGAUUACUUUGUCCUGUUCAAAGAUCUAGAUUCCAUAAGCCUGAUUGUAUCAGUUGAAGGCUUAGCCAAAUUUUACAGAUAUCAGAUGCAAGGCGAUUCGUAUGUCCAACAGUCCGCAAUUGACAGAUUAGAACCUGUAUCUACAUUGGAAUUUGAAGAUUUAUAUAAAGAGGCGAAUUUGGAAGCUGUUCAAGUAGAUUUGACAAAACCAUACUUUCCCAAUUCCCUAAUUUGCAACUAUCACGAUAACGAGCUUACAAUUACCCCUAAGCCUGGAAAAGUGAUAACUAAAAUUAUAAUUCCAGGAACUGAAGUGGAUUUGAACGGUAAAUUUCCAUCCAAUUAUGUAAAAGUGAAAUUUUUUAGCGAUGUGGACAUUGUAUUUAUAUCUGGUCUCUCUCCAGGUGAUACACCCUUGUCACUCCAUUUUGUGAUUAACAAAACUCAGAACACGGCUUAUCAAUUCCACCAGGUGGAAAAAAUAGAUUCAUCAUUUAAGACAAAAGAACUCGACUAUAACAAAAAUGGGAUACCGGUAUCGAUUGAAAUCAAUGUUUUAUCCCAAGUAAUAAGCCAUAUUGGCAAUACCACGUUAUUUAGCGGUGAAGUUACGGAUACAAUAUUUUUUUGCACAUCAUUAGGGAAAGUGGAUGAGCUUAAAAUAGACACUUUUAGAAUCGAAGCACAAGAUAAUUGUUUGGCCAACUUUUUUAUGUAUCUCAAAGACAAAUCACUCUUAAUUUCUGUGACUAUGGACAAAAUGGGGUUAAUGAAUAUAAAGAGCUUUAUGCACAUAAUUAGGGGAAAUUCAUCAUCGUUUCGUUUAAUACCUCCUGAUAAAUCAAAAAAUAUUAUAAGUGAAUUAAACCACCAAUUGUAUUCAAAUGAUAGUGAUACAUUUGAAAAGACAUUAUUUGUGGACGUGAAGAAUGCUAAAGCAUCACCUGGGAUCAAAAUUACUCACUUACCCGAUAAAUCCUUGUUGUAUACAGUGGAUAGCACUCUAUUUGAGGAUAAUAAAAAGUCUUACAUCUCUAGCGUCAAAUUUGGAUCUCAUCGUUACAAACUCAAACCGGGCUGGGCGCAAAUUGGGGUAUAUACCCUCAACAACUCAGAGACCCUUGUUAUCAUAGACGAAAUGGAAUCUGCCGAUGCAGGUGUCUCUAGAACAAUUUUUUCAAUCCCACACGUAACUACAUCUUCUAUUUUGUCCAAAUCGACCAAAGUAGACUGGGAUAAUCCAAUACUUAUGAACCAUUUAAAAAUAACACCGGGAAAUGUGAACAGUAACCCUACAGACUAUCAUUUAAGUCACGUAAUGAAUUUUGUGAUGACCGAUCCACGGGGGUUGGCGGGGGUUAUUACAAAAUUGGACUUUGGCAAUAAUAGCACAAUUUAUCUACCAGUUAUGGGUUCGGGUAUUAUAAUUGGAGAUGUCGUGUACCACGAAAUGGUUGACAAAUGGCAUGAGAGUUACAUAUUUACAUUGGUAAAACUUACAAAAUCAAACGAAAAUACGUCGACAUUAACCAUAUAUAGAUUAUCUAUAGAUAAGGUCAAAGUAAUAUCUUAUAAUAUUGUGGAUGAAGUAGAUUGCAGUUAUAUUGGAGAUAUAAUUUAUGAAUCAAACACUGCGGAUAAAUUGCUGGAGCCUUUGGUAGUGGAUUUGGAUUUGAAAAAUAUAGACAAAAAUAUAUUCCUCGUUAAAAACGAGGCGAAUUUGAAUACUGUGACUCCAACAAAACACACAGAUGAAGCAUAUUACAAUGGAAGAAAGUACAAAAUUGGUACUGUAAAACUUGCAGAUGGUCUAAAUGAUAAGGGAUACCCUCGGUACUCCGAAAAAAAAGUCGAUUUCACCGAGGACAAAAUAAGCAUACUUUCCUUGGUGGACAAUGUAUGGCUCUCCGAAGUGUAUGAGAAAUCGAAUGGGGAAUUUAAAUUUGUGUCAAAAGAUCCCUUGGAUGAUUUAUUGGGAUUGGAAAAUUUACAACCCAGGAAAGGCAUGCAAUAUAUUACGCUAGAGAUGGAAAAUGACAGAAGCAUAAAUUUUCUCAGGCUAAAGGAAAGUUUCUACUAUUGCGGGAAAAACGUAACAAUAAAAUCGGCCUAUGCGUACGCCAUGCUAAUAAACAAUGGAAAUUAUAAUACCUCCUUGUGGUUUUAUCAAGUUAACCCUAACCGUGAUGGUGAGGUUAAAAUCCUCCAGUGUAAUAACGUACCUUUUAUCAACCCAAAAUUUAACACUAGUUGGGUUGACUCAUCGCACGUUUUAAAUAUGGAAAUGGCAAAACAGAUCCAAAAUUCAAAACUUUUAUACGCAAAACUUUCCACUUUAAAUAUUGAUUUGGAUUUUCUUCCAACUGGCGUAAUAAAGGCACAUAAUGACAACCUAACUGUAUACACCUGCCCCAACAGAAGCAUAGGUAAUGUUGCAUUUGGAAAUGUUAACUUAUCCGUAAAUUCUAUCUUUACCAGGGUAUUUGUCAACAUUUCUGACUCUGGCCGUUUUGUGCUGGUAGAGUCGUAUAAAGAAGGCGGCACUGGUAUUGUCAUCGAUGCAUUUAAGGAGAAUGAAUAUGCCAGAGGAUGCUAUACCAAAAUUAACCUCAGCGAAUUGGAAGGCCAGUUGGAGCAUAUGAUUGGGCCUUAUAGCUUUGAGACUGGUUCCACUAGCACCUACGGACUGGUCUUCCCGCGGUGA